AUGUUACUUGUAGCUUUUACCGCGUUAUUCGCGGUUUUAUUUGUUAGCGACGCGGUGCCUGCACCUACGAAUAACAAAGAUGGUGGUGCAAUCAGUGAACUACCAGAUAACUGGGAUCAAACAAAAGAUGAUACGCAGUCUCUGUUUCUGAAUAAAAGCGACAAAAAUGAUCUUGAACCAUAUCCCCUUGCUUUAAGUGAAGAAGGAAACGUGGAGGCCUAUGAACAGAAUGUGGAACAGCGUUUUGACACACCUCAAUCAACUGGUGAGCUUGACAAUCUUAUCAUGAGACCUGAAUUGUACGGUGAACCACCGGCCAUGGAAGGUUUAUCUUCUGGAUACGAUUCUCGGCGUCGUAAACGAGGAAGUGGCACCAAGGUUGGAGGUGCUGGUGCAGCAACUAAAGUGGCCACCAAAUCUGGCUCGGGCAAAAAGAAUUUGAAACCCGAGGAUGCUCUGUCACCAAUAGAUUCGAUGUCCCAGGAUCACGAUGUUCAUCGUCUAAAACGUGGAAGUGGCACUAAAGUAGGUGGAGCAGCCGCAUCAGCCAAAACGGCAACUAAAAAUUCUGGUGGAAAUAAGAAAAAUUUCAGGCCUAUUUCGGAACGCCGCAAGCGUGACUCUGGCCUAAGUCCUGCUGAUGUUCGCGCAUUAUUAAACUUGUGGGAAGCACAGGAACGUAGAAAACAAGAAUGGAACGCAAAUCAAUGGGCUACUGAACAUAAUGGUUGGUAUGGCCGAAUGAACGCGUUAGAAGAAGAUCAACCCGAAGUGGAUGAAAAUGGCGAUGUAUGGUAUAAUGAACCUGUCGUAAUCGGUCCCCGUGAAAGAGACUUUCCCCGUCAUUCCUACUUCUCUGAACAAAAUCGUAUGGCAUUAGCGCAUGGCUUGCCUGAUAUGUACCAAGUAGAUCCAAACGAACUGGCCCAAAGGUAUGAGGAAAACCGCCGUAAAAGACAGUACGCGAACAAGAUGAAACGAUUCAUGGUGGCAAGAAAACGUUCGGACGGUAUGAUGCAUCAGAAUAAUUAUCGACCUCGUGACGACCUUUACACACUCGCAGAACUUCUUCGUUCUGCGCCACGUGUUCAAGAGCAAGAUAUUCCCGUGUACCGACGACUGAUUCUUUAA